AAGCUCGGUUCUUUUUGACACGUUUUUACAAGAUAUUUAUACCCGCAUUCAUUUGCGGCGUUCCUUGAAAGAAGAUUCAAAAACACCAUCAACAACGGCGGCGAUCGGCGUUGGGGUCCAGCCCGUGUUAUCAUCCGGCUAUCAUAGCGCGGUGCCACCCCAGAACGGCGGUGGUGGUUCGACAUUUAGUGCCGCGGCGAUGGUGGCAGCUGCCACCGCUACGGCCACCGCCACUGCCAGCGUGGUGGCCAUGCAGGACCGCCAAGACAUCCCCUCCCAAUUCAAUCAGAUGCAGAGCCAACAUGGAAUUCCCCAUCAAACCUACAACGCAGGGUACGCCCAAAGAGGACCAAUGGCCGGAAUGGGGCCAGUCGGGAUGAACAACUUUAAUAGUAUGGGCACGAUGAGCCCGAUGCACUCUAUGAAUUCCAUGAAUUCGAUGAACAGUAUGAAUGGAAUGAAUUCGAUGAAUCCUAUGUCGAUGGGAGGUAUGAACGGUAUGAGUGGAAUGAACGGGAUGACGCCCAUGAGCUCCAUGAGCAACAUGGGUAACAUGAGCAUGAACAAUAUGAUGGGACCUAACAACAUGCAAAUGAACAAGAUGAGCAUGCAGGCUCAACCCCACCAAGGUUAUCCAAGGAGAUUAGCGCCUUAUCCGAACCCUGCGAUGCACAUGGCGCAGAAGAGGCAGCAAGGACCGUACGCCGGCCCGAACCCGGCAGCGAUGCAGCCGGCGUUCAACGGCAUGUCAUCGUCGCAGUAUCCGACCAAUUAUCCAGCGGCGGCGAGGCCAAACUUCCAGUCGCAAUAUCAACCUAUGCAAACUAUGAAUCCCUCUGCCGCCGGCUUCGGGCCCAACACUAUGAUACGUACUAGCAACAUGAGGCAAACGGCGCCGUCAUACAGCACCCCGAAUCAGGCGGCUAGCAACCAAUACUACGGUAGCAACGGCAUACCGGUCAGCAUGGGACCUACGACGGUCGGAAAUCAGUUCGUCGGGCAUCAACCGAACUCAGGGUACUCCGGCGGCGCGACCUCGUACGGCGCAGCCGGGGCCGCGAGCAACCAAUACCAACCGGACGUCGCGUCGAUGAGAACGACGGCCACGGGGAGUCUGAACUAUCAGCACAGUCCAAUACCGGGUAAUCCAACUCCGCCGUUGACCCCGGCAACAAGCAUGCCUCCCUACAUCAGUCCCAAUCCGGACAUCAAACCUAACUUCAACGAGAUGAAGUCGCCGGUUAACAUUCAGAAGGACGAUGAGUUAAGAUUAACAUUCCCCGUGAGGGAUGGCAUCAUCCUUCCACCCUUCCGCUUAGAACAUAAUCUGGCUGUAAGCAACCAUGUAUUCCAAUUGAAACCAACGGUGCAUCAGACGUUGAUGUGGCGGUCCGACUUAGAACUGCAACUCAAGUGUUUCCACCACGAGGACAGGCAAAUGAACACGAACUGGCCGGCGAGCGUACAGGUCUCUGUGAACGCUACGCCGUUGGUCAUCGAUCGCGGUGAGAAUAAGACGUCUCACAAGCCCUUAUAUCUGAAGGACGUUUGUCAACCAGGGAGGAAUACGAUACAGAUCACUGUAUCAGCGUGUUGUUGUUCCCACCUGUUCGUACUUCAAUUGGUUCAUCGGCCAAGCGUGAGAAGCGUGCUUCACGGAUUGCUGCGUAAAAGGCUACUCACGGCCGAACACUGUAUUACUAAAAUUAAACGAAAUUUUAAUAAUACUAUUACGAACAACGGUAUACAGUCCGAGAAAGACGUCGUGGAACAAACAGCACUUAAGGUGAAUGUAUCGUUAAAAUGUCCUAUUACUUUUAAACGCAUCACACUGCCAGCCAGAGGACACGACUGCAAGCACAUUCAGUGCUUCGACUUGGAAUCGUACCUACAGCUAAAUUGUGAGCGAGGAUCUUGGAGAUGUCCUGUAUGCACGAAACCUGCACAGUUGGAAGGUUUGGAGGUGGAUCAAUACAUGUGGGGAAUUUUGAACACCCUGAAUACCGCCGAGGUGGAAGAGGUAACGAUAGACUCGAUGGCGAAUUGGAAGCCGGCGAAGAAUUUAACCAGCAUCAAGUCUGAGGAAGAGAGCGACUGUAAAAGAAUGACAAAGGCGAUGUCCCCUGGAAGUAUGAACAUGCCUACUAUGAAUAGUUGGGACAUGAAUCAGGCGAUGAGCCCGUACAUACCGCCGGACAUGAGCAGCAUCGUUAGCGGCUCUAUGAUGAAUAACACGCCUACCACGUACAGUAACAAUAACAUCAAUCAUCGGAAUUCAUCGGGAGGAUCCUUCGAUAUAAAUUCCGGGACAACUACGAAUGCCAAUAACGACUAUACUAACGGAGCUGGGCCUCUAUCACAUUUAAAUGAGUCCGUGAACUCCUUGGAUCCUCUCAAUGCCAUGGAGAAGUCGCUUAAUGAUCAGAUGCCUCAUACACCGCAUACGCCUCACACCCCUCACACGCCGCACACGCCGGGUGGCGGGAACAGCGGUCCGCCGAGCGUUCCUCCUGCGUCUCAGGAAUCUACAGGGAACCACAAUACGUCUGGCAAUACGAAUACAAACAUAACUAAUGACUCUGCAGACAUACCAUCGGACUUGAAUUUCGACCCAGCUGCAGUAAUAGCCGGAGAGGGUACAGGCCAAGAAGCAUUGAAUCUCUUGCCAGAUAACGUUGUGGAUCCGAUGGAAUUAUUAUCGUAUCUAGAUCCACCUGAUCUGAAUACGCCUCCUAGUAGUGGAGCUAGCAGUGGUAACCCUUCAUCGAGCGAUGACAUUCUAGCACUCUUCGAAUAAGAAGAGAGAGGCACCAAAUCCAUGUCGUAAGAGGAAUAAUCAAAUCGCUACCCUGACGUUUGAACGUCGACAAGAGCAUCGGCAGGUUUGCUAGUUACUACAAACAUAUUUUUAAUCGGACCGAAGGAAAUACUUGGUAGUGCACACGAAAACGAACGUUUCAAACAUAACGUGGGGUUACUGUUGGGUGCUUGCACCUAAUGCAAUGGUACAAAAAAUUUUAGCUCUAAUUAUGAUAUUCCUAUUGAUCGAAGUUAGGGCAUAUUACUUAGAUUUAAAGAGGAGGACGACUUUUAAUCGAUAGGACGAAAACGAAGGCAUCCCGCCACUGGUUAGUGACUCGUUUGUAAAGAUGUUAUUGCACGGAUUUCGUUUUAGUCCAUUCGAAACGUUGGACGUUUCUCCUUUUAUUUUUUCCUCCGUUCCCAAUAGUGAAUCGCGCGUUAUAACAUUGUGCCGGGCAUAUGUUCCAGAACUGAUUCACACUCCGCGUGACACGUACCACAAUUAUAUUAAUUCCUAUUUUGGAUAGGACAACAAUGGUAACUGAGUUUUUAAUACCGAAACGUAGUAGGUGGUUAAUAUUUCCACGACGGGUUUUACACGUAGACACUACGGGGAAAAAUGUUUGUUUAAUACGAUAAAUGUGCAAUACAAUCUCGAGGUAAUUUGCACACUGUUUUAUACACGUUGCCAUUUGUCAAUUUUUUCCAUUCCGAAAUGAGUUUUUACACGAUCUAUACAUUUGAAGGCGAAGUUACUAACAUCUGUUUCUUAUAUUUGGUACAAAACAGCUCGAUGAAUUUUCAUUAACGUAAGUAAUCUGACGCAAUGAAUUAUGAAAAUCGUGCAGCACAUUUAUAAAGAUUUUAUAUCGAGAACACAGACUCAUUCUCCCUUUGACUCUCGAGGCUCGAGAUCGACGCGAUAUCAACACAAUAAUGAUUUUUAGAGAACCUAUCUAUAUUUUAGUGUAACAAUCGAAACUGGUUAACGAAUUUAUCGAUGUUUGGAAUGUUUGCUUGACAAAAUGUACUGUGCUGAAAGACUACGAGUUUUUAAGUACUCCCUGCAAUACGAUCUUUACCUCGGAAAUCGGUCUACUCGCAUUUCAAGGCUAUGAUGGACCUAUACAUCACAACAGAUCUAAGAUUGUACAGUGACUUCUGUAAAUAAGUUUUAAUCGAGGAGAUGAAAACAGAAUAGAUAAGUCAUUCAUCUGUUGUGAAUUUACCCUGCUUAUUGAUGGUAUAGCGUACAUAGUGUUCCUUUUCCUUUAGAUGAUUAGUGACAACAGAUGAAAACGAAUCUUGGUCGUCACGGGCUUCACCCUGGUACUCACACUUCGGUGACUCGUAUCCUCCAAGAGAAUACGUAAUCAAAAAUAUCUUGUUAUGCUUCGUUUUAAAAAUGAUUAACUUUUAUUUUGUUCACAAAUUAUCAAUUACGAAACGUUAUUCUCAUUGUUAUAAAUUAUUGGUAGAAACUUCUUGAAGAGAUCCUCAAGAAAUUCUAAAAAAUUUAUUUUUUAAUCUAGUAAACGUUUUUUAUUUUUCGUUCGCUGAGAUAUGAGAAUAACAGAAUAAAUAUUUCGUAACAUAUUGAAUCUUCGACGAUACGUCAAAUCCUCGUGUGAUUUUUUUAUGUUUAAUUUUGUCUUUCUGAAUCGAAGUGGAGUUUUGUAAUAUCGAAAAGUAUAAGUUGUAUCGUUAAGUUCUGUUCUAAAAUUAUUAUCGAGUGUAGAAAAUAUGAUUUUUCGUUUGACCAAUAUUAUUGUUAGCUUUAGGUACCAGAGUGACAUAGCCCGUUGGCCCACAGCAUUCGUAGUAGUUAAUAAACAUAUAUCUUUUGUGAUUAAAAGAGAAGAUAUACUUAAAGUGAUUCAUGUAGAUUAUACAAAUUUUAUAUAAAAGUGUAUUUAUAUUCCAGUGUGCAACCACACUAGUGCACAUUGACGGAUUAGAUGCGGUGAAGUUUCUAUUGAUAUAAAACUAUUAUAACAUUAUUGAUGAUAGGUUUAUUAUAAUAUUGCUUAACGUUAAGGGAGAUUAUUGUAUAUUACCUGUAUAUAUGAUAAAUAGAUUAAUAAUAUAAGUAAAAAAAAACGUGGCAGAUACUUAUUGGCCAGUUAUAAUAAUAAAAUAAUUAUCAUAAUUAUUUCUCAGAACCAAAACAUACGAAGCGUUGUAUGAGAAUUAACUAUAAAACAAAAAAAAGAAAUAACACUAGAGAAUGUAACAUGUAAAUGAACACAGGAACGAUAACAGUCGCUGAACUGUUAUUUCUAAUAGAAUUAUUACUUAACUAUUAAAGACAUAAUUAUCGAAAAAAAAAGUUUAUUCAAAUUGUAAGCUUUACUUAGGAUCGCCCAGAAGUAGGCAUGUGCGACGUUCCUCGUUGCAACUGUAUAUAGGCAAUGUCUACCUAUACCUACUUAAUAAUAUCCUAAAACUACAUGAUACACGGUCUUGGUUUACGGGUUGUAGAGAUUUAUAAGUACCUGGUAUCCAUUCAUGAAAUUAUUAAUAGCAUGUUUCAUAAGAAAUGAAACGAUCAUUCGCUUUAGUUUAAGAUACAGAAAAUAAGAAAUUAUAGUAUAAUCAACUAUUCCAAGUAUUAUUUAAUUAAAUAAACUGGCGUAUUUAAAAAUCAAAUGAAUGACGGUAUCAGAUCAUUAUGAAUCUCUACAGCUUCACGAUUAUAUACCUAUUUAUCUAUUGUUAGGAGGCCUAUGAUUUGAUCUUACAGUGCGCCACUGAAGACUUAAAUGAUCAAAUGUCGCGUGUGUUGUCUUGUCCCAAGACCUGGGCAGCUUCACCAAGAAAGUGAAAAUAUUUUCAUGUAAUACGAACACAGCUGUACCUACUUAUGGCACGAAAAUAUAAUUGAAAAAUCUAUUGGGAUGAGCAUUUACGGACGAUACUUUCAAUUCAUUUGUUGAAUUCGUUCGAAUGUUAAAGUUAGUGUAGGUCAUCGAUUUUAAAUACUGUAUAGUUAACUUAGUGAUUACCUCUAUCAAAACUAGAUAAUGGACCAAAUUUUGAUUAAACGUGUGGUUUAGAGAAAAUUGAUUCAAUUUCGAGUGUGACGAUUGUUCGUAUAUUUUGAGUAUCCAAGCUCUGGACAGAUUGCUUCGACACAGUCUCGUAAAUUUACGAACAAGAUUAUAGCCGGUAUUCAUAGUCGUUGAUUAUUCUUAAGAUUGUUUUCAGCAUUUGGUAUCCCAUAUUUCCAGCAACUAUCUUGUACAGAAAACAGGGACUAAAUGCUUGAGGUGUGUUUUAAUAUAAGUAACGACGCUGAAUACCAGCCUAUAUAUCCAAAAAUGUAUGAUUUAAAGACAAGAUCAUAAUUUAGACAGAAUAACCGACCGUUUCAAUAGAGUUCGGUAUUCUUCAUAAUUAUCUAAUUAUUUGUUUAAACCGAAUGAAUAACAAAAAAAUAUAAAAGUGAGUUGAUUGAAUGGAUACAAUUAUCAUGUAAUUGAAAUUCAUUUACUCAAUGCGUGGCGUUUCUUCUGUCCAUAGAAAUGUUUUUAUACAGCAACAUUUUUAUAAAUCUCUACUUAUGAUCGUUACCCAAAACUUUUCAUAAAUGUUUCUUAGACAGGCGAACUAUGGUGAUGUUUCAUUGAUCGAUACGCAAAAUAUACGUAUGUAUGUAUUUAUCACGGCCGCCAUAAGUGAUUGGGUACAGACUUGUGCGAAUAAAAUUAAUUAACAAAAUGAAAAAUUGCACGUUAUGAAGAAAACACUGAUAUCAUUGGUUAUACAUUCAUGUAAAGAAAUUUUAAUACACAGACCAGUUUAUAAUAUGUAUGACAGACACCACAUUGUUUCUCAAUAACAGUUAGAAACAUUCAAUAAAAAAGUCAUAAAAUA